AUGGAACAGACCCCACAACGAAACGUUGGUCCUUUAAAGACUGAAGCAACGAAACGAUGGUCAGCAGUUGCAGCUAAAGGAAGCAAAGCAUCUCAAUCGGCAAGCAAUAGCGAACGUAUUUACACUGAAACGAAAAAGGCAGUGCCAGAAGCAAGUGUUAAAGAUAAUACGAAAGACAGCAGUAAUGUAAACUCGACGUCUUCGACGUCGAACAAACGAUUCACAAAUACUUCCAACCCGAGACGUGUGAAUAAUGCGUCUAGGACUUCUUCGGCAAACAAUAAGUCAUGGAAAACCGAUGCAGCGAUUUCUUCUCACAGGGGCUCCACUGAACAUCGGGAGCGUGAAUUAUUGCCUUGGAGGCCUGACCCUCAGGAUGCGAGCGCCUCUUUGAUGAGUUUGGAAGAGUCUGUGGACCGAACAGGCGGCGGUGAAUGGGAUCAAUUUGCCGCUAAUGAAGAACUUUUUGGUGUUCAAUCUCAAUUUGAUGAGGAACAAUACACUUCAACUAUUAAUCGAAGUCACCCCAAAUACAAGGAACGUGCCCAAGAAGCUGAUCGUAUUGCAAAAGAAAUUGAAUCCUCCACUACCGAUAAUGUUCAUCUCGCUGAAGAACGAGGCCGCAAGACCGAUGAUAGUGGACUUGAUGAAGAAGACCUUUACUCGGGUGUUCAACGCUCAUCUCAACUGGGAAAACCCAAUAACAGGGGCCCUCCAUCAAGAGAAAAUUAUUCCCAAGGAAAAGAUCGAGACAAUCGUCCUCGAAAUGCUGGCCCUCGCAAUGGCUUACUGCCUAAUGACCCUGCCAUUGUAUCCCAGCGACACAUGGCGUUUUCUCGCGGCGGUGACUCCCGUGCCGCUGAAAAAUUCUUCAACGCCCGUCGCAAGAUGGGUACGUUAUCUAAAGGAGAAAAAGAAGGUCAAAUAAAAGAAUUCAUGCAAUUCAGUAAAUCUUUGAAUCUAGGUGGAUUUGGAAGCAAAGGGGAUUCUGCUAAGGGAAACAAAGAUGCUUCCAAAGAAAAACAAAAGCCAUUUGAGUCCGCUGGCGAGACUACAAAGGUUGAUGUUUCAGAAAAUAUUACCAAACAAAAGGAAGAAGUUCCAUCUAAGGAUGUACCAUCUUUAGAAAAGAAAGAUAAAGAGCCUACUCUUGUCGAUGAAUUAAACAAGGAGGAAAAGACUCAAGAAAUAAAGGAAGAAGAAGCCAAGCCACAGACCUCCUUGGAGUCUAACAACGCACAAGAGAAACCUGUAAAUAAGGAACCAUCGAAGCCGUUGAAAUUGAAUGCUAAGGCUGCAUCCUUCAAACCUAAUGUUGGUGCCCCCGUGUUUACUCCCGGUAAGUUUGUUCUUCCCCCAAAGCCAGCUGCUUCUCAAUCUAUGACUUCACGAAAGUCCUCCAGUACAGAAGCAGGAAUGACUUCAAAUGCUGGAACUCCAGGUGAUAAUAAGGAGCGUCCCUUCUUCCCUAACGGAGGUUCUCGAGCAGAAUCAUCCGUCAUGGAAAAUUUUAAUGUCAUUAAGACCGCUGCUGGACAAGAACAAAUUGGAGAAACAUUAGAGAAACCAUUUUCUUGUCCCCCUACUUGGGCUUCUGGCCCCAACGAUGUGCAGCAUAUUGUUUCCAACCAGAAAGUAGAAAUUGAUGCAAGCCAAGGAAAGCGCAAUUCGGCAACAGGUGCCCAAGUUCCUGGUUUAGUUCUUCCUAAUGGCCCCAUGUCGCCAGCAAUGCCUGCUUUCACUCCCGGUGUUCCUUACGUUCCUUUUGGUUAUCAAGUACCGGGAUAUCCUCCUUACAUGCGUGCUCCUAGCCAACAACCGUCGGUCGCUGCCUCACCAAACGCUACACCUACUUCAGGAAAUUCUAGUGCGGUAGCUUCGCCCAUGUUUAUGGCACCCCCAGUUAUGCCACCUUACGGAGUCCCUCCCUUCCAAGCGCAGGGCAAUAGCCCCAGGGGAGUGGCACCUGCUACUUACUAUGUACCUCAGAUGGGAGGAAUGGGAGGAAUGCCCAUGAUGCCAUAUCCUGUUAAUGGUGUGCCUCCUAUGUAUGGACAGUAUGCUAUGAACAAUGGAAUGAUGAACAUGCGUUAUCCUGCGUAUACGGAUUUUAGACGAAGCAGUUCCCAAAGAUCGUUCAACCCUUCUAGGGGAAAUCGUCAUCAAAAUAAUGGAUACAAAAAUGACAACUACACAAACAACCACAACAAUAGUAAUGAUGGUAAUAAUGCUACUGAUCAGAGUCAGGAUUCGAAUGCAGCAGCUGCUUCCAAUUCCCAAGUUCCGGAAUCUUCUGAAGUUGUUGAACCUGCACCAACCGCAGAGACUUCCGAUGAGAAGACAUCUUGA